AUGCACCCUCUCAACCCUUUCCUGCGUGCCUUCUUUCGAAGCACUGUGCCGGGACAGUGCAUUCCCGUGGAGAACCAUGUGCUGCUCGUUCCUACAACAGAUUGCCUCGUCGGCUCACGCGAUCGCGAAUCCAGCCUCCUCUACUCGGAUCUCGUCGCGUCCGAAGAGUUUCUAGGCAGCCAUGUGCUGCGCAUCCCCGUCAGCUUUGGAUCUACAAGCGGCAAAGAAGAUUCCAAUGUGCGAGAAAGUAGAGGGAAGGCCAAACAAGUGACGACUUUCAAUGGGAGGACUGUCAUCAUCAAAGAAAGCUCGGUAUACAGCAACAAAGGUUUCAAGUCUCUCACACAAGCCCAGCUUCUUUCUGAUGCUCUCUAUUACGCUCCGUCAAGCGAUUCUCGCCCAUGGCUUAUUUACUAUAUUUCACGCCCUCUGGUUGGAUCGUAUGAUCCAGCGAGAACCGUCCCCGCUGCAGUGCCAGGGACAAUAGUGAAGAGAAUGGAGAUCAACGGCUCGGACAAAAAAAGCACAAAUGGAGGCUCUGUCACCCCGCCAAAACAAGAGAUUCAGACCUUUGCCGAGUUGCUCGCAAAUUUCCCCAUGAUCGCCCGACAGAUGCAGCCUGGAUUAGAAAGACUUUUCCGUGAAUUUGGCAAGGAACUUGGAAGGCCAUUGCCUCCGCCGCCGUCUCGCUCACCCUCUGCAGGUAGAGGUGAUGUUGGAAGUACUCUGUCGCGUGUCCAAUCUUUACAGGACGAGAGCUCGUCCAUCCGCAGCUGGUCGUCUCGUCGGGGACGGCUUCCCUUCAAUUCCGAGGAGUAUUUUGAGGAUGAUGAGGAUCUCAUGCGCCGCAGCCUCGAGACGGCCGUGACAGCCGCGAUCGACUUGUUCCGACUCGUGGACAAGCAACAAUUGUCACUACUUGGAGCCACCACGGAUUUGACGGGGCCCUUGGUAGAGCGUCUGAUCGAGCGAUAUGUGGCAGAACAAGUGCACGAGCCUUUGCUUUUCCCUCGCCUGUGCGCUUUCCGGCAACCAGAAGAUUCAGAGCUGGACUCGAGAAUCCGACAUAUGGAGAGUAUCGACGUGACCCAAGUAGGGAUUUCCGUGGACGGCGGACGUGAUGGAAAACGCGAAGUUAUCUGUCGUGUUAGUCGCGGUGUGGAUGAAUUUCGCAAAAUGAACGAUGCGAAAAGUCCACACGAGAUGCUGAAUACUCUGCUGGAAACGGUCAAAGUAAUCUCGUAUCCCGGCAGCUACGACAAUAUCGACGGACCGGCCUCGGAGAAGGGUCGAUCACCGCUGACGAUCAAUGCCGAUGUCCUUGUCUCGUUAUUGCUGGUCGUUGUCAUUCGAUCACAGAUCCGCCAUCUUCAAGCCCGGUUGCUAUACAUGCAACACUUCAUUUACAUCGAUGAUGUCGACAGCGGAGAGAUGGGCUAUGCAUUGAGUACGUUCGAAGCGGUGCUGAUGUAUCUUGUGACCGACUCUGCUGGUCUGCGGCGCGCAAGCAAAAGGAACAGAAAGCUGUGGCAAGCCACGAAGGCCGGCCGUAUCGCAGACAUGCGACACAUUCUUGAGCCAGACGGAGACCACGAGUCGGUCGGUGAAUCCCAGCCCUGCGUCCUUGAACGAAAAACUGUCUUUUUCAAAACUGAGGCCUCACCUGAGUAUGAAGAGUCGCCAUUGGAGACAUCAUCCAUGCACUCCAGUCUGGUGCUCCCCAAUGGCCAAACUGGCCUUGAUAACUCCCUUGAGUCCGACGCGCCUCCCCUUUCGCAUGUGUUUCCCUUCCAGAAAUGGGACGAUGGCUCUUCAGCCCAGGAGAGCCAACGACCUGUCAAACGAGUAUCCAUGAAUGUCCGCACCAUGUCUAUGUCUUCAGGAAUAUCUUUUGCAUCCAGAACUCCUACUAUUGGGUCGAUGACGAGCAACAUCGAGGGCGAUUCCUCAUUAGAGACGCUGACAAAAACACAAGAUCCAGCGGGGGAUUCCAUACCCAUGAUGGCAGUGGAAAGCCGCCAGACUGAAUCUUUGAAGUAUCUACUGAGCCUUGAGGAAUUCUAUCCCUUGGAGGACAUUCUGGAUGACACGAAUGCGAAUGGUACAACUCUUCUCAGUGCAGCCGUGCAACUGGCACACUCUGAAACGGUAGAGGUCCUUCUUGAUUACUUAUUCAGCAGAUCAGAUAGGGAAGCGGUCGCCAAGUAUCUUACCAAGUCCGACGUGCAUGGUCGAACAGUCGGUCACUAUUUGUUCAGCACCCCAUCUCUGCUCUCUCGUCUGGGAAGCCUUAUACCUUGGCGACAGCGUGACAAACAUGGACAGACUCCACUUUUUGCCCUCUGCCGCUCGUACGACCAUACGCAGUACAGGAAAAUGGUCCUGGAAGCCUUGACAGCGGCUCGGAGUGCUCAAGGCAAUGCUCAGCCGCUUCAGCUUGACGACCACGUGGAUGCAAAGGGAAAUACUUUGUUGCAUAUUGUGGGCGAUCCGGAUAUUACGACACGGCUUCUGAAAGAGAGCGACUGCGAUCCGAAUGCCACAAAUGACAAACGAUUCACGCCUUUGAUGAUGGCCAGCAAGUACGGCAGGGUGGAUCAAGUGCGUGUCCUGUUUUUGGACCCAAGGGUCGAUGUGCACGUCAAAGAAGCCCGUGGGUUGACUGCGGUUGAGCUCGCUAAAGACGACGAAGUACGAAAUCGUAUCGACGACCUCAUACUGCUGUCCCAACCGCCGUCCGCACUUGGCGAUCCUUCGGGGCGUGUCACCACUGUGGUUCGAUCAUUCUUCGUUGAAGAUGCUACUGUGCGCUUCAUCCUUAAAUCAGGCGCGCCCUACUCUGCCCCAGAGAAAACAGUGCCGUCUCAUCCUGGUUCGACAACAUACACAGUCACCACGUGCCGGCGCAGUUUUAGCGACUUUGAGAAUCUGGCCAAAUGGCUUGCUAUAGAGCACCCUGCGUCCUACGUGCCAUCUCUCUCAGAUUUCCGAAAUCCGUUUCAAAUCCACUCGAAACCGUCACGGUCUGUUUUGCAUGAUCUUCAAGAGAAACUCGACCGCUUCUUGAAGACUCUCCUCACUCAUCCCACCUUUUCAACUCACGAGAUGCUGUGGGAAUUCUUUCUGGUUCCUGAGUUACAUCCCGAAAUGAUGGCGGACCGGUCGCGACGUAAAGCUGCCGCCCUAAAUGAGACGAUUGCGGACGAGUUUUCUCCCAUCACCCCCGAAGGAAUGCGCGAUACGGAACAGUUUGUGUCGCACGCCCAGGACAUGGUUCGCGGUAUUCAUGUCAACACCCGUAGCGUGCUUCGACGGGGCCACUCCCUGCAAAACAGUGUCUCCGAUCUCGCCGACGCGGUCAUCCUUUGCUCCGGUGUUCUCUCAACGUUGAAGGAGCCCACGAAUGCGCUCCCCAUUGCUCAUAUUGAGGCCUUCGCCCGCUAUGGCAGUUAUCUUUCAACUUCGACUUCCGACUCCUCCCCUCUUCUCCAAUUCCUCGCUGCUCUCAUGUCCAUGGAUAACACUACCGCCGCCAUUCUGAGCUCUCUUUCCCGACCCUUGACCUUGAUGUCCACCUUGACCGCCACGAAUCGGGGCAUCUCGCGCUCCCGCUCGUCGCUCCUGUCCAGUUCGCUGCCCCGCAAAUUCAACCUCAACCUCCCGGGCUUUGAAGAGUCCCGGCAGAAAUCCGUCCGCGAUCUUGAGCAAAAGAUCCGAGAGGGCGAAUUCCAAUCGUCCCGCUUGGCGAGAGAAAUCACCUGGAACAAAGAUGUCGUCGUCAGCGAACUCGCCGGGUGGACCACUUGGCGAGAGCGAGUUGGCCGGGACGCGAUCCGCGCGUUUGUGAAGAAUACCCUGAUACGUGAAAAAGAGAGGGGCAAACGCAUUGAGAGAUGUUUGCGCAUUGUACGUGAGAUGAAAUAA